AUGUCACGGACAGCAUCCCAGCUUAGUGUUUCCCUUGAGAUCCAUCUCGUGGAGGCGCUACAAUCAUUAUUUCCAGUUCUUCCAUCUGUACAACAAGCUCAGCUUGAACCUUAUCUAUCUACCUCAAAUCGUCCAUCCUCAAUUCCAUAUGCACUGCUUCAAUCCGUUUCUCAAUGGGCUAGAUCAACCACAGGACAACAAUCUCUCCAGUCUGCAUCCCAAAUAUUGAAUCCGAACGAUUACUCCAUGAUUGCUCUUUUGGCUGGGGCAACAACAUCGCCUGGUAGCAAGUUUCCGCCGUAUCAACCUUCCAAAGGUGCGGAGGAGAUUGCACAAGAUAACAAGAGGGAACGCAGAGCUAUAGGAAUCAUCGUGAAUGCUGUCUUUAGCAUCGUUGGUACCGGAGGUGCUUGCUGGUGGGGCUCGAAGAAUACUGGUUGGAAACUCGAAUGGCGCGUUCUUUUUGCGUUCCUUGCAGCGAUGGUCGUGGCACUGGCCGAGAUUGUACUUUACAUUCUCUGGCAGCAACGACAAAAUACCCCACCUCAACAACAGAAACGUUUUAUUCGCAUCAAACGCGAUAUAUCUGAAGUUGAUGACACGUUACCCGCGCCUUUAACAUUAAAGGAAAAAUCGACGGCAAAGGGCCUCAGGCUAAGAAAUACGAAAGACAGUGGGCAGGACGAUUGA